CUGCCAAUCAUUGGUCUACGGAUCCACCAAAACAAGUAGCGCCUUCAUCGAAAAAAAAGAGCAAGACAGCACACGGCAGUGAAACAGCUUCAUGCAGUGCCAGAUAGAUGAUGGUGGCGGUGGAAAGCUAUGAGGCGUGGGGAAACUCACAUCGCCCCCAUCAGAUACAUAUCACCGCAACGUGUUCCUUCCACUCGUACUCUCACCAUCGACCGUACAGCGCAAUUCAAAGAAUGCAAGCUCCUUCUCAACUUUUUACUCAGUCUCCAAGUGCAGCGGCACCUGGUCGAUCUGCAAUUCUCCCACCUCCGAAUCUCGCUCCGGAUGAUACCGAUUGGAUGUCGAAUGCCAGUGUCACUUUCAAGCUACUUGCUGGUGCAGGCGAAAUUGAUCGCACGGGCAUCGCAAAGGCGAUCGCGAAUAUUGCUCUCCCGAUCCUGGAACUGGUUCAGAAUAAUAAGAAAGCACAGAAUGAUCUCAAGGAUACUAUCAAGUACCUUGAUGAGAUGCUCCGCUAUGUUUCUGAGGAGACCAAACUCCUUCAAGAUGGUCAAUCCUUGACAGAUGCUUCAACCCACCCUCUGGCACGCUUACAGCAAAUGGGGGAUGAAUUCAUCAGUCAGCUCAAGGUUUUGAAAGAUGAUUUGAACAAGGUCUAUGGAAAGACUGGGUUUCAAGCAAAGAUAAAGAAGUCAUUUCAGAGCAAGACUAUCUUAGAUCGUGUUAAUCAACACAAGGAAUAUGUCAAGGAAGCUCGAGAUAAGCUUCUUACAACUGCUGUGCUUUCAGGUAUCAGACAAGUUGGAGAGGUGAAGGCAAUAGUAACUAAUAUUCAAGAUCAUCUGAUAAGUUCUUCAAGAAUAACUCAACCUAUCAAUAUGCUCUCUGCUAUUCCAUCACCACCACCUCUUGUAUUCAAGAGUCGAGAUGAUUUAGUCCAAAAAGGCACAGCUAAUCUUCUUGCUGAUUCUCCUCAUUCCAUUAUUAUUAUGGGAUUCGGAGGUAUGGGAAAAACAUCAUUAGCAUUGAAAUUGCUAGAUGAUGCAGCUGUAAAAAGCAAAUAUAGAGAAUGCAGAUACUUCAUUCCUUGUGAUGAAGUCUGCAGUGUUGAGUCUACUGUUGAGAUAUUAAUACAUGCUAUAAUGAGAUUGAUGAGGUUGCAAACUACCAGUGAUCCUAUCAAACAGCUACAUGCUAUAUCAAAGCCAGUAGUUCUAUUUUUUGACAAUUUUGAGACUGUUUGGGAUAAAAGUAAUAAUCAAAGUGUUCAAAGAUUUUUAGAGCAGUUGAAUGCUAUAAUACAUAUUACUCUGAUGAUUACUAUGAGAGGAAGUGUUCCUCCAAUAGAUAAUAUUGAUUGGCUAGAACUACCACAUAAUGGUCUAUCACCAUUAGCUGAAUCUCCAUCAUCAGAUGUGUUUAUUACUAUUUCAAAAUAUAAUGGUGAUAUGAAAAUUGUUACAAAGCUACUUGAAAAACUAGAUGGAUGGCCAUUAGCUCUUAUGUUAAUGGCUCACCAGGCCAAGAUCAUUCAUCCAGAAGUGCUUCUAGAGAGCUGGGAUAAGGAAAGAACCUUAUUAUUAGAAAAACCAGGAGCUCAAUCUCGGUUAACCAGUGUUAAUAUUUCAAUCAAAAUAACUCUUCAGUCAUCAUUGCUUUCAAAACCAAACAUUUUCAAGUUGUUGAGUGUAAUAUGCUAUCUCCCUGAUGGUAUUCCUACAUGGUCAAAAAUAUUGAGCAAAAUGCUACCAAAUCUUUCAGAAAGAACUGGAAUUGUGUCAAAUUUAUUACAAUCUGGAAUUAUAUAUGAAGAUAGUAAAGGUGGAUUGAAAAUAUUGCAACCAAUUCAGGCAUAUUUGAAGGCAUAUUUUCAGCAGCCAGAUAUACAUAUAAAACAGCAGUUUUGCACUUUUUAUUUAAAUGAAACUAAAGAUAAACAAUUGAAAUCCUUGAUUUCACAAGAAAACACAAAGUUUGGUUUAGCUCAUUUAAACAAUUUUGAAUGGAUAUUUGUUGAGAUUUUGAAUAGUUGUAAUGAUGAAAAAAAACUAAAAAUAAUAUAUAAUUUUUGCUACUUUCAAUAUUUGACUACAGGAUCAGAUAUUUUAUUAAAAAAAGUUAUAGCUAUAACAAAAGAUCUAAAUAUGCUAUGUUUGUAUGCUGAAGCAAUAUUAUUAUUAGGCAAAAAAUUAUGUAUAUUUAAUCAACAACAAGCAGCACAAGAGAAAAUAGAUGAAGCAAAGCAAAUAUUUGAGACAAUUGGUAGUUCUCUUGGAGUAGCACAGUGUUUGCAAAGCUUGGGAAAUAUCUUGCAGAUGAUGGAUCAAUAUCCAGAAGCAACUGUCAAGCUAGAGAAAGCCAUGCAAAUGUUUCAGACUAUUGAUGAUUCUCUUGGAGCAGCACAGUGUUUGCAA